CCCUCCCAGAGCCUCUCUGCAUCUGGCCCGCUCCCCUCUCUCUCACCCCGGGCCAAACCCGCCCAGCUCCACUCGCUCUCCGCCUGUUUUCCCGCACGGCUCGGCCUGGACAGAGCAUACACACACAUACACAUACACACACACACAUACACACACACCAAGGACACGGAAUGGAGACGGAAGGGAGCCAGAGCAGCCUGUCCACCACGGACUCCCCUCACGACCCCUGCAAAAUGUUCAUAGGUGGACUCAGCUGGCAAACAACACAAGAGGGGUUGAAAGAGUACUUCUGCAAGUAUGGCGAGGUGAAGGAGUGUAUGGUGAUGCGGGAUCCAGUUACUAAGCGCUCGAGAGGCUUUGGAUUCGUCACCUUUGUUGAUCAGGCCGGCGUGGACAAAGUUUUGGCCCAAACCAGGCACGAAUUGGACUCCAAAACAAUCGAUCCAAAGGUUGCGUUCCCUCGUAGAGCUCAGCCCAAGUUAGUGACUCGGACCAAGAAGAUCUUUGUGGGCGGUCUGUCUGUCACCACGACCAUAGAGGAUGUCAAACAGUAUUUUGACCAGUUUGGAAAGGUCGACGAUGCCAUGCUCAUGUUCGACAAGACCACCAACAGGCACAGAGGGUUUGGCUUUGUGACAUUCGAGAAUGAAGAUGUGGUGGAAAAAGUGUGCGAGAUCCAUUUCCACGAGAUCAACAGCAAAAUGGUGGAGUGUAAGAAGGCUCAGCCCAAGGAGGUCAUGUCCCCCACGGGCUCAGCCAGGGGGCGCUCUCGGGUGAUGCCCUACGGAAUGGACGCCUUCAUGCUGGGCAUUGGUAUGCUUGGUUAUCCUGGCUUCCAGACCACCACAUACACCAGUCGGAGCUACGCUGGCAUCACCCCCGGAUAUACCUACCAGUUCCCUGAGUUCCACUUAGAGAGGACCCCCCUUCUGACUUCACCCCACCCCCCUGAGCUCACAGCCAUUCCUCUCACAGCGUACGGACCAAUGGCAGCAGCAGCGGCAGCAGCAGCAGUAGUUAGAGGUUCCACCCCGUCACGCUCAGCUGGAUUCUUAGGCACGAGCAGCCCGGGGCCGAUGGCAGACCUUUAUGGAACAGCCAAUCAGGACUCUGCCGUCAGCAGUUACCUCAGUGCUGCGAGCCCCGCCCCAAGCACUGGAUUCAGCCACAGUUUGGGGGGCCCCUUGAUCGCCACAGCCUUCACUAACGGCUACCACUGAGAGAUGCAGAGCUGGUGACUGAGAGCUGGAAGGAGUUGAAGCUGCUUUGGAGCUGAUCUGGCCUGUCUCUGUUCAGUCCACCUCUCCAGCUCGGGCAGCUGACCCUUGACCCCUUGACCCCGAAGUCAGCGCGAAUCCAGCCAACCCUACUGAUGACUCCACGGAAAAAAAAAAAAAAAAAAAACUAAGCUCCGCUUCCUGUCUGAAAAAUAUAUAUUUUAGCUCACAGGAGCAAAACCUUUGAAAAUGUUUAUGACUACAUGUAGUAGCGACACGUACAGAUGCUGUAUUUUUAGUUGUUUUUUUUUUCCUGUUGUUUAAUUUCACCUUGCUGUUUUUUUUUGUGAUGAUUAUGUUAUUACAUUUUGUGUUUUGGCUGUGUUUCACUGGUUUACUUCACCUCUGGUUAGGACCUGAUUUCACUGAGACGAAGGAGACAAAUCUCCAGGUGAAUCCUGUUUGAAGGUCAGGAGCUGUAAUCUGUUCUGGAUACGUGUAUAUUUGUCACUAGUUCAUACUGAAUUUCAACAGAACAUUUCUGAUUAAUACUAUUUUUUUGUGUCUAAAAGUGUAUAUCUUGGUAGGUUUGUAACAAUAACUUGUUACACUAAUAAUGAUCAUAACGGUCAUUAUUACCAUGAACCUUGUCGCAGUCACACAAUUGAUGUGCUGUAUGACUUUUGUAAAAUAUUGUAAAUACGACUCUGUUUUGAGGGGGGUUGUUCAGCUAAAUUUGGGGUCCGGGAGGUGAGAGGUGUGGGAGAAAUGCUACAAUUGUAUUCUGCAGAUGUCACAUGCAUCGGAAACCUUGACUGUUACAUAUCAUAGUUUUACAUGGAGCAUUUCAGUUUUUCUGUCUGUCAGUGUUAGACCAGCCACAUAUCACUCUCCACAGUGAGGGGGUUUAUGAAUGAUGCGUCAUUUUGAGCCUGUUACCGAGUUCAAGACCGAACCCUUCAGCUGUGACUCCAGCCAGAACCCAGCAGGAGAGUGGGUGGUUCUCCGACGACAACGCUCCACCGUGGGGGAUGUAAGGAUGUGAAAAGGCUCCUUUAUCAGGAGGGAAAAAAAAAACACGCUGUUUUCUUACUUUGUCAUAUUGUUGUUUUGAACUGUGAUUUU